GCGGGGCCGCGCCGAGCCCAUGGCCGCGCUCAAGUACGCGGGGCUGGAGGACACGGACAGCGAGGAGGAGCUGCCGCCGGGCUGGGAGGAGCGCACCACCAAGGACGGCUGGGUUUACUACGCCAACCACCUAGAAGAAAAAACACAGUGGGAACAUCCUAAGUCUGGGAAGAGGAAACGUGUUGCAGGAGAUCUGCCAUAUGGAUGGGAGCAGGAGACUGAUGAAAAUGGACAAGUCUAUUUUGUAGACCACAUAAACAAAAGGACUACCUACCUUGACCCAAGACUGGCUUUUACAGUAGAAGAUAACCCAGUAAAACCCACUACUAGACAAAAAUAUGAUGGGAACAGCACUGCAAUGGAAAUUCUGCAGGGCCGUGACUUGAGUGGCAAAGUGGCAAUAAUCACAGGAGCCAAUUCAGGAAUAGGUUUUGAAACUGCCAAGUCCCUGGCCCUGCAUGGGGCGUGUGUGAUCCUGGCCUGCAGGAGCCCGGCGCGAGGCGAGGCGGCCGUGCAGCGCAUCCUGGAGGAAUGGCAUAAAGCCAAGGUAGAGGCAAUGACCUUAGACCUUGCUUCUCUUCAGAGUGUGCAGCGCUUUGCUGAAGCAUUCAAAUCCAAGAAUCUGCCCCUGCACAUGCUGAUCUGCAACGCUGCCGUGUUUGGUGCUCCCUGGUCCCUGACAGAGGAUGGCCUGGAGUCCACCUUCCAGGUGAACCACCUGGGACAUUUCUACCUUGUCCAGCUUCUGGAAGAUGUUCUGCGCCAGUCAUCUCCUGCCAGGGUUGUCGUGGUGUCCUCUGAGUCCCACAGAUUUACAGAAAUUAAAGACUCCUCUGGAAAGCUGGAUUUCAGCCUGCUUUCUCCAUCCAAGAAGGAAUAUUGGGCGAUGUUGGCCUACAACCGCUCCAAGCUCUGCAAUAUCCUGUUCUCCAACGAGCUGAACCGGCGCCUGUCUCCCCACGGGGUCACCUCCAACUCAGUGCACCCUGGAAAUAUGAUGUAUUCCUCCAUUCACCGCAGCUGGUGGCUCUACACUCUGCUCUUCACCCUGGCUCGACCUUUCACCAAGUCCAUGCAACAAGGAGCUGCCACGACGGUGUACUGCGCCACGGCGGCGGAGCUGGAGGGGCUGGGCGGGAUGUACUUCAACAACUGCUGCCGCUGCCUGCCCUCGCAGCAGGCUCAGGACAGCGCCACAGCCUCGGCCCUCUGGGAGCUGAGCCACAGGCUGGUCCAAGAACGAGCUGGCAGCCAGGCCAAAUAGCAGCCAGAGCUCCUGGAAGGAUCAAAACACACGAGUGCGUGCGCGCUCGGAAACUGCCAGCACUGGAACCUGUCCAAUCUUAUCAUCUAGAGGGUUUCCGUGUACCUCAGAUACAGAUUAAGCGGUGUUAAAUGAAAUAAUAGCAGUCACAACAUAGUGAAAAAUGUUAAGUACUAAUGGGAGGUGGGGAAUACUGUGGGUUAAAGGGACAAUGCCGCUUCCUGGGGCUUAGUUAGUCUCGGUUCUCUUUCUUUUGAUUAUAGCCUGUUCAAAGUGUAACCCAAGGAGGCAUCUUCUGUCUUAUUUUAGAAAAGCAAUUCUGCAGAUAAUUUCUGUUGUUUUGAUUAAUGGGUAGGUAUGUAGCCCAAUAUGGGAUUUUCUCCUUAUUUUGAUAAUUGCUGUCUGUUAGGCUUUAGGCAUUGAUUGGGAGAUGGUAGUUGUGUUGAUUCUUUUUCCCUACAAGGAUUUUAUUGGGUGUGGCAAAUCAAAAGAUUAUUGAGGAAAGAAAUCUUUUCAGCCCUUGACUGUUGGCUGCAAGUACAUCUGUGCUGUCUAGGAAAAAAAGACAUCUGAACAGUAAUGGUAAAGUCACAGCUAAUUAAAUAUUUCUGUUGUUUUUUUUCUUUUUUUUUUUCUUAAAAGAUUACAAUAAAAGAUAUGUUGUAAACCAUUCCCUAAGUAGCGUCGAGUUGGCAAAGAUGAUGAUGUCUCCUUAAGAACACACAGAGUGUAAUCAGGGGUUUAAAUGGUAUUUCCAUCAAUUUCUCGGUUCACAGUUUUAAGGAGUUUUAUUUCCUUGAAAGUUCACAGUUUCUCAGUUCUCCUGAUACUGUAUCCCAUUCCAAAUCUGUCUUUUCUUUCCAUUUAAAUUCAAUAAAACAACAUGCUUGCUUGAA